UCAACAUACCGAAGAGGGGAAAGCAGUAUGACUGCGGGCGGCGGCGGUGCCGGUGGCGGCGGCGGCGGCGAUGUCUCAAAUCAAGAUUGGGGACGUCGUCAUUCAAUCAAUCGCUGUGAAUCUGACAGAACCGACAGCGCAAAAAUGUUUUACGGUUCUUCCUCCGGGGCAAGCAUGUCCUUGCCCUCCAAGAGCCGACUAAAGCGCCAGAGCAAGACAUUUACGCAGGUCCUGUACCGCACUCUGAGCUACCGCGACCGCGUCCCGGCCGAAGCGGGAACCAACACGCGCGGCGACCGACGCUCGGCGACCGAGCCCCCGGAGCGACCGGAGGACGACCCGGCCGAGCUGUCCACCCAAAGCUCGGCGCCGGGCGUGUUGAAGAUCUUUGGCGACGAAAUCUGCGCCGGCGCCAACUACAAGAGCGUCUUGGCCACGCCCCGCUCCAGCGCUCAGGAGCUGGUCAAGGAGGCGCUGGAGCGCUACUCGCUCAAUAAGGACGGCGCCCACUCCUACGUCCUGUGCGACGUGAUCGGGCGCCUGGAGGGGGUGGACGGGGCGUGGCGGACCGAGUGCCUGCGGGCGUUGGGCGACAACGAGAAGCCGCUGCUGCUGCAGGAGCUGUGGAAGCCUCGAGAAGGACACGCGCGACGCUUUGAGCUGCGCAGGAGAGCUGAGGUGGAUGAACUCAACGCCAAGGAGAAGGACACCAUCACGGCUGACAUCAACGCUCAGGCCCGCAAGCUGCAGAGGAACCGGGCCAAGGGGGCUCUCACCUUGCCUCGCUCCAGCAACUCCUCGCUUUGUCGCAGCCUCAGCGAGACCAGCCUCAACCAGUUGGCGGUGGGCGACGAGCCCAAGCGCUACUACUCCACCCUCCCGGGGCCCUACCGGGGCCGAGAGGCGGCGUCCGGCGCGUGGCGCAAGGAGGAUGGCGGGCAGGGUGGCGUCCGCCAUUCCCUCUACCAAUCGCCGCACCUCCUCUUGCUUCAGGGCUACAACAAACAGGACUGCCUGGUGUACCUGUUGAACCGCGAGCAGCACACGGUGGGCCAGGAGACGCCUUCGGCCCGCCCCAACAUCUGCCUGUUCUCCCCCGACGUCCUGCCGCUUCACUGUCGCCUGCGCCGCCUGCCCGCCCCGCCGCGCCCCGGCCAAGCGGACGAGCCGGACGCGGCGCAGCAGCGCGGGUCCUGCGUGGCGGUGGAGCCCGUCCUGGAUGCCACCGUGCUGGUCAACUUCUCCCGCUGCGAGCGCUCCACCACGCUGCGCCACGGCGACCUGCUCUCCUUCGGCGCGCACUACAUCUUCCUGUACAAGGACCCCACGGGCGCCAAGCCUCUCCCCGCUCAGACCCUGAGCCGCCUCCGCAGCCUGGGCCAGAUCUACGACGCCGGCCCGGAGGACGGCGCCACGUGCAACGUGUGCGGAUCGGCGCUGAAAGACAGGCCGGCCACCGUGACGGGCGUGACGGCGCGACGCGGCUUCAGGCCGCACCCCGUCAAACCUCGCGGCGGCGGCGGACAGAAGAGGAAGCUGCAGUUGGAGUUUGAGCCGGCUCACGAAGACCAGCUCCUCAACCGCAUCAUGUCGCUCAUUGAGCCCGGAGGCGACGACCAUAAGCUGACGCCGGCGUACCUUUUGUGUCUGUGCAUCCAACACUCGGCCUCCGCCUUCCCGCCCGGGAGCUUUGGCAAACUGCUCCUCAAGAUUGUCCGGCGGAUACAGACCGUGGCCUGGGAGAAGACCAAGGAGUUAGCUCAGAAGCAAGCUCAACACCAGGACCCGGCGUCGCUAUCACUGCUCAACAUCUCAGACCUGAUCCCAGACCUGCAGAUGAUCUUCUUCUGGAUGUCCAACUCCAUCGAGAUCCUUUACUUCAUUCAGCAGAAAGCGCCGUCGUACACGCACAACAUGGAGACGCUGCAAGGCUCCAAGGAGUCACUGCUGUCGGCCACCAUCUCGGCCAACGAGGAGGCCAUGAGCAUCUUGGAGGAGGUCAUCAUGUACACUUUCCAGCAGUGCGUCUACUACAUCACCAAGGCUCUGUACGUGGUGCUGCCGCCUCUUCUGGACUGCAACCCGUUCCCGGCGGGCAGCUCCGAGCCGUGCUGGAAAGGAGGCGUCGGAUUCCCGGAGCCGGUCCGCAAGGUCCUCCAGGUGUUCCAGAGUGCCCAGGAGCUGCUGCAGGCUUACCAGGUCCACCCGGAGAUACAGGCGCAGAUGUUCGCCUACCUCUUCUUCUUCUCCAAUGUGUCGCUCUUCAACCAGCUGAUGGACAAAGGUCCAUCGCGUGGCUGGUUCCAGCGCUCCAAAGUGUUGCAGGUGCAAGCGUGUCUGCGGAUGCUGUCGGAAUGGGCCCGCAAGUCGUCCCUGGGACAUCUGGCGGACAAAUUCUUCACCAAACUCAACAGCGCCGUGGCCGUCCUGGCCACGCCGCCGCAGCAACUCACGCAGAUGAGCUGGCGAAUGUUGUCGAGCGAGCACCCGGCCCUGAAGCCGGUGCAGCUACACAGGAUCCUGAGCCAGUACCAGAUCACCGCAGAGACCGGGCCCGUACCUGCGUGGCAGCCCGCCAGCGAGGACGAGGCCUACGUCUACCGCACAGUGGACCUCCUGGAGAGCUUUGAGAACCACCCUCCCAUCGUGCUGCCCAGCAGCGGCUUUGGCGUGGACCUGGACGGCGAGCGCGUGGAGGACAGCGUCUACCGACAGCUGCUCUACGUACGCCACUUCCUGUGGGGCCUGCGCGCCAAGACGCACGCUAACGCUACGCACGCUAACGGCAACAACAACAAUGCGGCUGAUGUUCAGAGGGAGCUGCUGCCCCUGACGCAGAGCAGCCCCCGUUCGGCCCCUGGCGACGGCGAGGAAGAAAACGGCCGAGGCCAAGCGCACAGUCUCCGGCGAAACGGGGGCGGCGUCCAUCACCUCCACCAUCCCCAACAGCCCCCGCCCACUGCAACGGGGUACACCGAGGGAGGGGGCGGGGCCCCGCAGAUGAACGGAUGCGGAAAGAGGCCUAACGGGAUCAUAUCUAACGGCAUGGAAGGCUGUGUUACUCGUAGCUGUGAGUUCCCCUUCCCCGUGUGGUCCUCGUCCCCGGGCGCCCCUCCCCUCCCUGAUGACAUGUGUGUGGUGCUUGUAGUGGAACUGGACAAAGGACCCUAUGGACUCGGCAUGGGACUCAUCGACGGCCUGCACACGCCUCUCAACGCCCCAGGCAUCUACAUCCGCACGCUGAUCCCCGAUGGGCCGGCGGCGUCCGACGGCCGGCUGAGGAUCGGGGAUCGGAUCCUGGCCGUCAACGGGACCAGCCUGAUCGGCGCUGACUACCAGAGUGCAGUGGAUCUGAUCCGCCUGGGUGGAGGUCGCCUCCGCUUCCUGGUGGCCAAGUCAGACCCGGAAGUGUCGGAGAAGAUCAGCGCCUCGUCCUGUUGACUGACGGACGGACGGACGGAGGG